AGUUAACCUACCUACCUCCUAAUCUUCAAGGGGACAAGUGCCCCCCUCUAGAAACAACCACAAUGUCUCCCCCAAUCGAACUCAUAUUCGGGGCUUUCACCAUGAACACAUACACCCCAGAGAUACGUGAAGAAUUUCUGAAAUUACUUGAAGAAUACGAUGUCAAGGCUAUUGAUACAGCAUAUAGCUACGUAGAUUCAGAGAAAAUCCUAGGAGAACUAGACGCUCCAGGGAGAUUCACCAUUCAUACAAAGGCGCCUGGGUUCCGGCCUGGGAAAUUGAAGAGGGAGAAUCUCCUUGCGGGGAUGGAGAAGUCGUUGCGGGAUUUGAAGGUUGAUUGCGUCGAUACAUACUACCUCCACAGUCCCGACCCUGUAACGCCCGUAUCAGAAAUCAUGGAUACGAUCCAAGAGCUCUAUGAAGCAGGAAAGUUCAAACGCUUCGGCAUAUCCAAUUUCACCACCCAAGAACUCACCUCCUUAUACACCUACGCCUCUUCAAAAUCCUACAUCCUCCCCACCAUCUACGAAGGCAACUAUAACCCCAUCGCCCGGCACUCCGAAACCGAACUUUUUCCCCUUCUCAGAAAACUGCGCAUAUCCUUCCGCGCCUACUCGCCCCUCGCGGGUGGGUUUCUAGCCAAAUCCCCCGAGGACAUGGCUCGUGCUGCGGCAGAUAAGGGCGGACGGUUUGAUACCUCGACGGCUAUUGGGCAGAUGUAUGAUAUAAUGUAUAAUAGGCCCGCUUUGAAGGGUAUUUUGGGGGAGUGGGAUGCGAUUUCGAAGGAAGCUGGGAUUAGUAAGGCUGCGUUGGCGAAUCGGUGGGUGGCGUUUCAUUCGGCGCUGGAUGGGGAGAGGUUUGCGGACGGGAUGAUUAUGGGUGCGAGGAGGCCGGAGCAGUUGAGGGAGAUGUUGGAGGCGGUUAGGGAGGGUCCGUUGGAGGAGUGGGUGGUUAAGAGAAUUGAUGCUAUUUGGAAGGUUGUGAAGGAUGAUGCGCCGGUGGAUAAUUAUGUGGAUGCGGCGAGUUGUGCGCUUGAUAAUUAAGGAGGGUUGUUUAUAUUGUUAGCAAUUGAAUUUAAUUGUAAUAUUUGCAGCGAAUUAUGAGGACAAACGCAGCUGGGUACGAGAGAUACCAGGGCCCAAUGUUCCACAUUCGACAGAAAAGGUCUAUAACUCUAUGAAUCUAUGAUCCUGACCAGCACAUCA